AUGAUCACCCCAAAGGAAGAGAGUUUUGGCCUUGAGGUAGCCCUGCCGAUGCUCAACGCCGGUGGAGAGGAGGAGAGGUUGAACCAGCCGGUCGCACCGGCACAGCCGGAGGACAAGCAGAGGAGGCGCAAAUCCAAAUUCACAGACGAGCAGGUCGACCAGAUGCGAGCUUUUUCCGAGAGGCUGGGUUGGUCGAUGAGGGAUUGCACCCGGGCGGAGGAGAUUAAAAGGUUUUGUGCCAACAUGGGCAUCAGCUGGACGGUGUUCAAGACGUGGCUGCACAACAACAAGAAGCAUUAUGGUCGUGGACCUAGCUCUAAGAAAAAUCGGUCCUCCGCAAGGGACAAUAUCUGA